CUAUCUGGUAGAAUACUAGACUUAUCAACUAUAUGUAGCUUUUAUCCGACAAGUUAACAGUCUUCAUGUGUUAUGUUGUGUUUGAAACAAAAAGUUUAGACCCUCAACCUGUUUGCGCGGUCGCUCGAGAAACUUUACAUAAACAGCAAUUUAGUCAUUGGUGCAGUGAUUUUAUUUAAUGUAGUUUGUGCGUGAUGAAAUACGUUCAAACAUAAUAUGAUGCACCCAAAUGAGCGUUUUUGAGACAACGUACAAACAUCACUUUCGUUACUGUGUGAGAUGGAUGCCACGAAAUAAGGGAUUACUUUCUAUGGAGAAAGAAAAUUACUUGUCGAAUUUUUAAAUUAUGUAUGUAUUUAUGAUUUUAUGAUAGUACCUUAACUUUAAAUCGCCCUGGAAUCGUUUUAAGUCAGUAAAAUGAGGAUAUGGGAUAAAUCAAUUUUAGGCAAUUCAAAAGCUAUUCCCAAUUUACUAUAUACUUAUUUCCGGUUUUCAAAAUGGCGAUUAGGAAUGUAAACAAUCAUUCAAUGAGGCAAAAGUUUUACCGUUAAGGUAUCAUUUAGGAUCAACAAUAUAUUUUAACAUCACUGAUAAUUUAUGGGCCUGCGUUCUAUGUUUGCGUAUAUUUAUUUGGGAUUUAUUAUUUUUAUUUAAUGUAAUAAUCCUUUAAAACGAUGUCUUCGCCGUUGUCAAGCCUGAAGAAGCCAAAGAAAUCCCCACUUACUCCCACUGGAUCAAGAAAUGUGCCUUUCAGGCACCCAGAAUAUACAGAGGAUGAGUCUAAAUUAUUGGAAGAAAUUACUACAAACAUAUCCACAAGUAAAAACAAACAAAGACUUGAUCCAUUUGGUGGAGGAUUGCCAAAGCUGAAAGACACCACAACUUCCAAACCUACUAAGACUGUCUCAGCUCCCUCAGACAUGGACUUAAUGGCCACUAUGAUGUCCAGGAUUUCAAUCAUGGAGCAGAAAAUUCAAUUCCAAGCAAAGGAAAUAAAUGAAAAGGAGAAGAAGAUAAAGAUUUUGGAAGACAAGUUAAGGAUCCUCCAGAAAGCAAAAAAUGAUGACAAGCCUGGCCGUGUAGCAGAGCUGGAGAAGAAAUGUUUGCUUUUGCAGCAGCAAAUACAUGAAAUGGAUGCUUUCCUGAUGGACUAUGGUAUGGUGUGGGUUGGAGAUAAAAGUAAUCCAGAUAGUGAAAAGUAUUAUGAUGAAGAUGAGGCCUUUGAUGCCAUGUCAGACUCAGAUGAACCUACCUCCAUGUGGAGACCAGAGACCUCCUAUAGUAAUCAGGAAUUUAAGGUGGACUAUGACCUAAUUGUGGAAAACAUCAAUGAGCUAAAUGCUAUUGCAGGGGAAGGAGUAGCUAAGAUACAACACACAACUGGGGGAGCAAGACUCAAGAUCCCAGACCCAGUCCAGUUGACCCUGUAUGCUAAUGGUAUACUGAUGUUCAGUGGUCCUUUCCGUCCAUUUACUGACCCCUUGACCCAGCAGUGUGUACAGGACCUCAUGGACGGCUACUUCCCAGGGGAGUUACAGAUUAGGUACCCGGAUGGAGUGCCAUUUAUUCUCACAGAUAAGAGAAAUGUCCACUUUAAAGACAAGCGUAAUACAGAUGUGUUUAAAGGCACAGGUCAGCUUCUAGGGGGAGACACCAAACCAUCCAGACUGGUACCUAGUAAUAUACAGGACAUUAACAAAGCAACAAACACCACCAAGGCACAGCACCAGGAAAACAGAAUAGAGGAAUCUGAAGUUCCAGGCCCUAAACUGACAGUAGACCAGUUCUUGCACCGCUUGCCUCAGAAUGUCAUCAAGAAUGGGAAAGUUAUAGACAUCAGAGGUUCAAUAGCAAAUACAGUGGGAGGCAAGGGUGAAGACAAACAGAAUAGUGUCACUCUAGUGGAAACAGAUGUUGUAAAAGAAAUGAAAGAAAGGUUGGACAUGGACCAGUCUUCAAGGCCUCCUUCUGCCAGGAAUCUCACCACAUUAAGGAUAAAAUCUGAGUCUGGGGACCAAACUUAUAUCCUGAAAAUGAAAUCAACAGACACAAUAGGGAAAGUGAGGCAAUACCUGGAUAAUCAGAGACCACGUGGUGCAGAACCUUACAAGAUCCUCACAGCCUAUCCUAAUAAAGUAUAUGAUGAUAACAGUGCAACACUUGAAAAAUGUGGACUGGUGCCUAAUGCUGCUCUACAUCUUAGAGCAGUUAAGCCUUAGACUUCCAUUUCCUACAUUACUAAGCACCAAGGAACUGUACCUGUAUUUUACAUCAGUGUUGAAAAUGAAUAUUGAAGACAAGGUUGUACUACUGGUAUAUUUUAUAAAUAUUUAUACAUAGCAGCUAAAAUGUAAACAUUUGUCACAAAAAUAUGGAUGGUUGUUGAUGGUGGAUAUUUACGAAUUUAAGAAAAUGGUUUAUUCUGUUUUGAAAAAAAAUAUUCCUUUCUUCAGAGAUAUUUAUCUAUUACAGAAUGGAAGAUAAAUUAUAUUUACCUAUGCAUCCGUCCUAGUUUUUUAAUUUAAUUUAAUUAUUAUUAUUUUAUAUUUAUUGCCUUGUAUGAAAGAAAAAGAAGU